UCAUAUACUAUGUAAUAUAUCAAAGUCUUAAAACUGUUCCAUAAUCUAGUUAAGUAAUAAAUCUUGAACAUAAAAUAUCAUUUAUAUUUUGAUUUGAACAAUAUAAUAAAUAAUUACUAAGUGAUUAAUUCUUAAUACAUAUUUAUAAAAAUAUUUAUAAAAAUAAUUGUGUAAAUAUUAUAGUAGUUAUGUCUGAUCCAGCGGAUACAUCAAAUAUCUCAUAUGUUGUAUCAGUAUUGGCUGCUGUGGGAACUAUAGCUGUAAUUGGGUUAGCAGUAAAAUUUUACAAAUGUUGGAAUAGUGAAAAAAAAAAAUCUCCUAUUUUAUUGGUUGAUCCAGUAGUUAAAUAUAGUUUACCAUUAAUAAAAAAGGAUAUAUUAAGUCAUGAUACAAGAAAAUUUAGAUUUGCAUUGCCAACAUCAAAUCACAUAUUGGGAUUACCAAUUGGUCAACAUAUACAUUUAACUGUAAAGAUUGGAGAUGAAGUUGUUAUACGUUCCUAUACACCGGUAUCAAGUGAUGAUGACCAUGGUUAUGUAGAUCUUAUUAUUAAAGUAUAUUUUAAAAAUGUACAUCCAAAAUUCCCUGAAGGAGGAAAAAUGUCCCAAUAUUUAGAAGAUUUAAAAAUUGGAGAGACAGUUGAUUUUAGAGGACCUUCUGGUCGACUUAUUUAUAAAGGUCAUGGAAAUUUUUCUAUAAAAAUUUUAAGAAAAGAUCCACCUACAGAAUAUAAUGUUAAAAAGAUUGUGAUGCUAGCUGGUGGAACAGGAAUCACACCAAUGCUACAAUUAAUUCGUGCUAUAAUAAAGGAUUCUACUGAUGAAACUCAAACUUCCUUACUUUUUGCCAAUCAAACAGAAAAAGACAUAUUACUUCGAGAUGAAUUGGAUGAUAUUGCAAAGAAUCAUCCUAAUAAAUUGAAACUUUGGUAUACGUUAGAUACUAGUAGUGAAAAUUGGCAAUAUAGUACAGGCCAUAUAAAUGCAGAUAUGAUAAAAGAUCACAUGUUCCCUCCAUCAUCUGAUACAAUGGUACUUAUGUGUGGUCCACCUCCAAUGAUAAAUUUUGCUUGCAAUCCUAAUCUUGAUAAACUUGGUUAUGAUCCAAAAUUAAGAUUUGCAUAUUAGAGUAGAGAAAAUAAUAUUUGGUCUAUUUAAAUCUUUUCAUUAAAUAAAUUUAAUGAUAAUUUUAAUAUCUUUAAAAAUAUAUUUCGUCAUUUUAUAGAUCAUGCAUUGAUUAAUAUAGAUAUGUGAUGUAAGUUUAAUAUUUAAAAAUAGAUAGUGACAUAAAUUCACAAUGAUAUAAUUUACAUAAUCACAUAAUGUUAUCAAUAUAUAAAAAAUAUACAAACUAGAAAUAUUUAUCAAUCUCAGAUUCUUUAUUUUCUGGAAAUAAAAACAAAAAUACGAUAUUAUAAUAUUAUUAUAAAUUUUAUGUAUAAUUUGAAUGAUAUUGCUAGAGAUUUAAUUUAAGUUUUUAAUUUUGUAUCAAGUUUAAUUUUCAAUGCAAAGCUUUAGUGAAUAAAAUACACUGAUUCACGUUAUCAAGCAUUUAUUGAUGUUAAAUCUGUUAUAUUGUUAUAAAAAAUGAUGAUUACAAAAUGUA